AAAGAGCUACUAAUCUGAGUUUCCGUGAGGAAAAAGUUACAUGCCAUUUGUGCUCCUCUCUAGUCUGUGUACACGUAUACACUCAGAACUUGCUGCAAAGCAGGGUGAAACAUCCCAGUCAAACUUUUCCAGUUGUACAAUAUUGUCAAAGCUUUGAAAAUAAUCAUUUUCCAUCAUGAACGUUGGUCUAAUCCUACUUUUGUUCUGCAGUGUUAUGCUUUACGAACUGGAUAAAUGCCAGGCUAAGGAUAAAAAACCUAAACCCAGCUUGAAGAAAAAGUUGACAGUGAAAGAAAAUGCACCUAAUAAAAAACCUGCCAAACAACCAGCCAAGAGCUCUAAGCCUAUGAUUCCAAAGCCAGAUCCAAGUGUUUUUCCAACACAGCCACCCACAACAACAACAACAACAGCACCACAGAUAGACUUCAGCAUGACUCAAGUUGUUGAACAUGGAAAGUUUCUGAAGGUAACAGACACAACAGUUGUUCAGGCAGGCAAGACUCUGGAACUCCGUUGCAAAGGGAAGCCUAUCCACUGGCGAUAUCCACCAUACUUGGAAGAAGAAGAUGAGGGCAGACUUAGAAUCAAGCACUUUGGGAAAUACAGUCAGAUGGUUCUGGUGAAUUCCACAGCAGCUGACACAGGAGAGUACAGUUGUUUGCUGAAGCAAUGCGAUGGGGCUGUCUGCCGUAAUGAGGAAGGCUCUAUUAAGACAUUUGUCUUCUUUACAGACCCACAGGAGCUGUUUGUACCAACAGAGGAUUAUUAUGAGGUUGUCCAUCUUCGCAGUCACCGAACUACAACCUUACCAUGUCAGGUAACCACACCUCUUGCUAAAGUGACUCUGCAUCGGGAAUUCCCUCCUGAGGAGAUUCUUGUAGAUGGAAGUGAUAUUUCCUAUAAUGUGAAGAAGGGAUUCACCAUUCAUCGUCCACGUCCACUGUAUGCAGGAACUCUAUUCUGCAUGGCAAGCUAUCAUGGUUUACAGCAAAUAUCAACUAAAUAUGUAUUAAUAUAUGUCAACUAUCCUGCUUCUCGCCCAGCAGCCAGUGUUGAAGCAUCCAUGAACAGCGUCAGAGCAGGUGCUAAUUUUAAUGUCACUUGUACGGUAUAUGGAGAAUUGGACAUAGAUAUUGACUUCACAUGGGAUUAUCCAGGACAAAAGCUUGGAAGACCACCAUACACAAGAGAAAGUAGUGAUACAGUAAGGCGAGGAGGACAAACUUUGCAGCGGUCAGAGAGUGUGCUGUUUGUGGAUGAAGCACGGGCAGUCGAUGAUGGGCAGUAUACCUGCACAGCAAAAAACCUCCAAGGAAGCACUGUCGUCUCUACUCAUGUUAGGAUACUCCCACCAAUACCUGGUCCUAGGGGAAGAUAACCACCCACUGAAAGCCAAAUCCACCGCCUCACAUAGGGAGUAAAAUUGCAGAUAUACUUGUCUGACUUUUGAAAAAAUUAUACAUACUUCCCAUUAUUUUGUAUGUUUUUGUUUCUAAAUGUUUCUAGAAAUUGAUCUAAUCUCAUGAAAAUCUAAGCACAAAACCUGUUCUCUCAUUUUUCCAUUUUUAAAUACUUAAAUGUCAAGUAUUUGAUUCUUUUGAGAGUCAGUAUUAAGUUGUGCAGCAAUAUGAUUAUGACAUGUUGAGAAAUUCAAUAUUAAGGUAUCAAAUUUUGUCAAAAGUCUUGAGACGAUUGUAAAGUGUGCUUAGACAUUUUUUUAUGAAUAACAGCCUUUACGAUGGUAAUACAAUUCUUUUUUGCACAUUUAACCCAAGUUCCUUAUUCAGUGGGCUGUAUUUAAGGUAUUUAUUAACUAUAUUUGCAUUUUACUCUUUUCCUGUAGCAUGUGUUCUUGAGCGCCUAAGAAAUAAACAUUUAUUAUUAUA